CUUCCUAAUGUGUCUUUUCUCUUGCAGCCUUGGGAGCCGCUUAUGGAACUGCGAAGAGUGGCACGGGUAUUGCAGCCAUGUCUGUCAUGAGGCCUGAGCUCAUCAUGAAGUCAAUUAUCCCUGUUGUCAUGGCGGGUAUUAUAGCUAUCUAUGGCCUCGUAGUGGCGGUUCUCAUUGCCAAUGCCCUUUCACCAACUAUCACACUAUUCAAGAGCUUUCUUCAGCUGGGUGCUGGCUUGAGCGUGGGCCUCAGCGGUCUGGCUGCUGGCUUUGCCAUUGGCAUCGUGGGUGAUGCAGGCGUACGGGGAACAGCACAGCAGCCCAGGUUAUUUGUGGGCAUGAUCCUCAUUUUGAUCUUCGCUGAAGUCUUGGGUCUCUACGGCCUCAUUGUUGCCCUUAUCCUCUCCACAAAGUAAACGUCGCAGUAUGAUGUAAAGAGAUGUAACAAAUCAGCAUUUAAAAAAAAAAACAAAGCUCCAGAAUGGAAAUGGUCUCUCCAAUGUGUACAGUUGUCCCAAUUUGGUAGUUGAUCUCUUGUAAAUGCGCAAUGUACGUUAGUGACUUGUCCGUCAUGUGUGUAAUUCAAUAUUAAAUUGGUUGGGCAGCUCCAAGCCUGCUGCGUGGCUUGGGGUGGCCUGCGUGCAAUUUUCCACCCAUUGCUGUUAGUACUUUAUGUAUAAAUAUGAACUAGAAAUGUAAUUUUUCUCUUCACUGGAUGUUUAUUUAUAAAAGACUUGACAUGUUCAUACAUCUAUGGAGCAAAGAUUUUCAAUUUCCCAUGCUAUAUAUAUUAAUCUUAUAUAUAGGUAGAUUACACUGUGGGGUCAAUUGUAAGUGCAGAGAAUUCCUUGGAUGUAACUUUGAUUCUAAAGAUUGCUGUAGUGUCAUGGUAUUGGAGUAUGAGAAUUUUGUGUUUUAUUACAGCAAUUGUCCGAAACACUCCCGUGUUUCAGUAGUAACUGCGUAUGCUCUGGCAUCAGAGUUGUGCACCCACUGUUGGGUUACGAACUUAUAUGAUGUUUCCAAAUAAAACUUCCUCACUAUAUUGCUGUAA